AUUUUAAAAAAAAACCAAUUUCAAAAUUGGUUGCAAAACCAUGCAAAAUGCAUUUUGAAACAUUCAAACGCAAAUGCCGGUUUUUAUAAAAGUGUUUUUUUUUUUAAAUUUAUAUGAUAAUUAUAAUUUACCGUAAUUGUAUUUUUCAUGCGGUCAUUAUUUUUCUGUUAAACUUAUCAAGUGUUUCAAUAAAAUUGUAUAAACGUGACGCAAAAGCGUUCUGGCAAACAAGCACUUGGUUUUAUGGGGAAAAAAUUAAUAUAAAAUGGUCAGAUAAGAGGAAAAAUAUAUUUCCUUAGUUUAAUUGUCCAUUCUAUAAUGCCAACAUAAAAUUCUUCAACAUUGAUCGAUUUACUUAUUUAUUUCAUUGUUUUUGUCGUGGCUUUAUUUAUUUUUCUUGCUAAUGUUCCAAAAUUCGUUCACCAAAACUUCAAAAUCAAAGUGACUAAACUAACAAGUAGAGUAAGUAAUUAUUUUAAUUAGAUUUUUUUGUUCAGAAGUUAUAUUUAAAAUGAUUGAGGUUAAGGAAAACCGAAAACCAUUACUUUAGAGUGAUUCACGUCUAUUGGGCCGUCACUGCAGCUCAUUAUAAAAAGGCUGUUGCCAGAAUAGUCUUUGCAAUUGAGCAUUCGAAAUGCACAGACAUGGAAUCGUCCUCGUCCUUUGUCUCGGAGGUCUCUGCCUAGCUCAGGGCACCGAUCCCUGUGACAAGCGGACUAGGACAAAAGUGCCGCAUGGGACGGUAAUGAGAGACGGAUCUCUCGAAACAAGGGACGGCACUAAAUUCCAGAGUGGCACCUACUGGCGAGGGACAGGUUUCUGGUGGGCAUGCCCCUGUCUGAAUGGACCGUGCGUCCGUCAGUGCAGCAUUGCUGAGGCUAAACGUGGAAAUUUCACGAUUCUUCAAGGCCCUGUAGAAACCGCAUGGAUUCACGUUUGGGACGGAGAGAAUGUGACAAAGGUGGAUAUGAAUAAGCAUUUUGGAGUGGUGUACGAGGCAGAGUGCGGCGGCUUCAUGUUGGACCCGGAGAAUAAUGAAAUGGACGAAUACAGGAUUUUGUCAAACGGAUCGAUUUACUCGACGCACCCUGACAUUGUGAAACAACAUCAACUGACCACCGCCCACGAGUAUUGCCUGAUGCCACCACUUAAAGAAGGCCAAAAAAUAAUGAUGGGUUGCAAGGAAACAUCAAAUACUCCAGAAACAGAAAAACUCCAAUACCAAAUUUACCCCGCGUUAUUCAUUUUGAGUGCAAUUUUUCUGACACUGACUUUGCUGGCGUUUAUUCUUACACCCGAACGCAACUCGAUUCACAGCAAAGCCGUGGUCUGCCAGUCCGGAAGUUUGCUAGUUACUUAUGUUUGCCUGACCAUUACAUACUUGACCGGCGAAAAGAGCCACGCCGACAUUUGCGUUAUCGUUGCCUACAUCAUGUACUACUUUUUGAUGGCGUCAUUUUUCUGGAUGAACGUCAUGUGCAUUGACAUUUAUCUAACUUUCGCCGGAUCAAUGUUGCGAAGCCACAAAAGAAAAUUUCGCGCCUUCUUCAUCUACGGUUGGUGCUCGCCAUUAGCUUUUUUUGUCUUGACUGUUUUCUUGGACAUGAAAACUCAAAAUCCAACCUGGAGUCCAGCAAUAGGAUUGAAACGCUGCUGGUUCCAAGGUUUUUGGUCCGAUUUCCUGUAUUUUGACGGCCCAAUUUCCAUUCUGCUCUUGAUCAACUCGUAUCUGUUCGGAAAGACAGUGUGGCAUUUGCGGCGCUACCAAAGAGAAACGAAAGGAAUGCUACGCAGGGGAGACAGUCAAGUUCACAAUCAAAAUGAAAGGAACAGGCUCAGGUUGUACGUGAAGCUUUUCUUCCUGAUGGGCUUUACGUGGUUCAUGGAAAUCAUUUCUUGGGCCGUCGGAGGGCAGAAAGCAAUUUGGUUUAUCACCGACUCGGCCAAUUGUCUAAGCGGGGUUUUUGUUUUCUGGCUGUGCGUGUGGUCGAAUGAGACCAUGCGCAAGUCCUUGAGGGACAGAUUUUGGCACAACGGGCUUGACAUUGCAAGAUCCUCAAAAAAUACAACUUCAAAUAAUUGCAUGCCAAUAGAUUAACAGAAAAAAAAUGCUGUUUUCAACUGAUUGCUUAAUUAAAUUAUGAAAUAUUCAACUUAAAUUUUGUUUCCUUGUGACUUUUCAUGAUUUUUUUUUACUGAAUCUU